ACACCCGGGAAGUGAGAUGGCGAGUCACUCACGCCGGGUACAAAACGCCGCGAGGAAACAGAUCGGUAACGCACGCCGCACGCGCAUGUGCCAGUGCCAGCCUCCGCGCGACGCGGCACAGAGCACCGCGCCGCGCCGUGCCGAUCGAGCCGAGCCGCAGCGCAGCGCUAAACGAUGGCCAGGCUCGCGGCCGCGCUCUGCUACCUCCUCCUGGCGGUCUUCCUGUUUCCCGACCUCGCCGCCGCUGUGGAGUGCAGCUGCUCGGACGACGCCGCGGGGCGGGACAAGGCGCGGGCGCUGCGGCUGAAGGUCGCGGCCAUCUUCUGCAUCCUCGCGGGCGGCGCCGCGGGCGCCGCGGUGCCCGCCCUGGGCCGCCGGUUCCCGGCGCUGCGGCCGGGCACGGACCUGUUCCUCGCCAUCAAGGCGUUCGCGGGCGGCGUCAUCCUCGCCACGGGGCUCGUGCACAUCCUGCCCGCGGCCUUCGACGCGCUGGGCUCGCCGUGCCUCGCGAGCGGGCCGUGGAGUCACUUCCCGUUCGCCGGGAUGGUCGCCAUGCUCGCCGCGAUCGCCACGCUCGUCGUGGACACCGUCGCCACGGGGUACUUCCGCCGCACGGUCGCCAGGAAGGCCGCGGCCGUCGUCGACGAGCCGCCGGAGCCCGGGCAUUGCGAGGGCGAUCUGGAGGAGGCGUCCGACGGGCACGCGCACGGAAUGUCCGUUGUCGCGCCCGCGCCGACCGCCGCCGGCGACGAGCUCGUGCGCCACCGCGUCAUCUCUCAGGUACUGGAGCUGGGCGUGGUGGUGCACUCGCUGAUCAUCGGGAUGUCGCUGGGCGCCUCGGAUUUCCCGAGCACGGUGCGCCCGCUCGUCCCGGCGUUGACGUUCCACCAGCUCUUCGAGGGCAUCGGCCUCGGCGGGUGCAUUGUCCAGGCCAAGUUUCGCCUCAAAUCCGUGGUGGCGAUGGCGCUCUUCUUCUCGGUGACGACCCCGGCCGGCGUCUCCAUCGGCAUCGCGAUAUCCUCCGUGUACGACGAGACCAGCCCGACGGCGCUGCUCGUGCAGGGGCUCCUCGAGGCCGCGGCGGCUGGGAUCCUGGUCUACAUGGCGCUCGUGGACAUCCUCGCCGAGGAGUUCAUGAGCGCCAAGGUGCAGAGCAGAGGGCGCCUGCAGCUCGCGCUGAACGCCUCGCUGCUGCUCGGGGCUAGCUUGAUGUCUAUGCUAGCCAUGUGGGCCUGACGGCCUGACCACGAGAUGUAACAAGCUCUCGAAGCGCAGGCGUAUUGUUUCAACCUUUCCAUCAUCUGAGAACGAAGCGGGAGUAGAUAGUGUUUAGGCGGAGGUUGCAAGGAGUAAGAAUGGAGUUGGUGCACUGAGAUGUACUCCUUCUAUUUCAAAUUGUAGGUCGUUUUAGCCUUUUUAUUAGUUCAUAUAUAUUAUUAUAUAUCUAGAUAUAGUAUAUGUCUAUUGAGUAUAAAAGGUGGGGAGGCACUCUGACUGUCUAACCAUGUCUGUAGUUGCUAGGUUAAUCUUGCUGGAUCAGAGGGUCACUGAGGGUGUGCAUUUUGGUCGUGAUAGUGAUGACACCAGUUCGGAGUCAGCCUGCCCCACGCUGAAGUUGCCUGAUUGGGCUUAGUAGCUGCGUGGUGUUGGCAAGUGCCAGGCCCGUGGAGGAGCCUGUGGUGUUUGCGAGUCAGAGCUUGAAAGAACUCGCCAUCUGCAGCGGCGGCCCGCGGACAGGAUGCGCGGGCGCGGACCGGGUCCUGUCGUCCUGGGCUCCUGGCAAGCGAGAAUGGAAGAAAUGGUGGACAUCCUCGCCGAGGAUGGUGGGAGGAUAAAUUGUUGUAAUUCUGCAAUGCAAACACCCCAGAUUGUAACAAGAAAUGAAUUGUGCUUCUGCCCGCUUUGAUCAUGUUUA